GUGGACGCUGUUUUCGGGUUGCAACUCCUUGUCCCCUGCCACGACGACGAGUUGGAGACGAUGCUUGUAGGCCACGCCCUACAGCCCUCUAUGCUGUCGCAAUAUCAUGGGGCGGCACCGAAUGGCUCACAGGUCUUACCCACUCCUCCAUUGGCUACACGCAAGCGCAAACGCGCCCACCAAUAUACCGUCAGUUAUAGCGAGGUCCAGGAGGUGGAUAGCGACGGCAAACUUCGGGAAGUCAUCGUCAUUGAAGACACCCCACCGCCUCCAACUACUCUUUCCCCGUCAAUCCCAUUUUCGACUUCAUAUCAACCCCCCGCCUACUCUGCCCCCAUCCGAACUCGAGCCAGAGCAGCAGCAGAAGCUGCCGCCAGCUCAACAUCUGCCAUCGUACAGCCCCCUUCAAAGAAACGCAAGAAAGAAGUAGAGGAACCACUUCGAGCUCCUCCACCCAAGAAGGCUGCCGUUCCGGUCCCACAAACCAAGUCAUACGACAGCAGAAGUGUUGCGGCUACUGACGAUACUUCCAAAGGACCCGCACAAUGCGACGACAAGGAGGGUCAUUAUAUCAUCCAACCUGACGACCUUAUUUAUCGCCGAUACCGGACCGUCAAGCUACUGGGGCAAGGAACAUUCGGCAAAGUUGUCGAGGCAGUCGACACAGUCAAUGACAGCAGGGUGGCAAUCAAGAUCAUCCGGGCCAUUCCCAAGUACCGCGACGCCAGCAAAAUUGAGGUUCGCGUCCUCAACAAGCUCAAAGAGCGGGAUCCGCUCAACCGACAUAAAUGCAUCCAUCUUCUGCACUGGUUCGACCACAAGAACCACAUAUGUCUUGUUUCUGAGCUGCUAGGCAUGUGUCUCUACGAUUUUCUCAAGGAGAACGACUUCGCACCUUUCCCCCGCCAUCACAUCCAGUCGUUUGCUCGUCAACUGCUCGGCAGUGUCGCAUUUCUUCACGAUCUUCACCUGAUUCACACCGAUUUAAAGCCGGAAAAUAUACUCUUGGUUCAUAAUGACUACAAGAAUGUCCAAAUCAGCGUCCCAGGCAAGCGGAGCGCUCCAUCGAAAGUCAAACGGAUAUUGCUCAACACCGAAAUACGACUGAUCGAUUUCGGCUCUGCGACGUUUGAGAACGAGUACCACUCGACAGUUGUCUGCACCAGACACUAUCGGGCGCCAGAAAUCAUACUAGGCCUUGGUUGGUCCUAUCCUUGCGAUGCUUAUUCACUUGGGUGUAUACUCGUUGAAUUCUUCACCGGCGUUGCACUCUUCCAGACCCAUGACAAUUUAGAGCAUCUUGCCAUGAUGGAGAUGGUCAUGGGCAAGAUGCCAGAACGAUUCGCGCGUGCAGGGGCUCGCUCGAAACCCGAAUUCUUCAAAGAGAACGUUAGACUUGACUGGCCGAAAGCGAAGGCUUCUCGACAGAGCAAAAAGGAUGUUCGCGCCACUCGUCCAUUAUCGGACGUGAUUCCCCCAACGGAUGUUGUCAACCGCAACUUCCUCAAUCUUGUUCAGAAGCUCCUCGCAUUCGACCCUGGCCAACGAAUAACCGUUCGAGACGCUCUGAACCACCCAUACUUUAAUCUUGCCAUUGCAGCCGAGAUCUAA